AUGUUCGUAUUCCUUGCUUCCCCGGAUUUGCACAUGGUGAAUUGUGGGGGUGAGACUCGGGGUAGUUUGUUGACGGGAAUCAUUCGGGGAUGGAAUGGGGUAGAUAAAAUGAGAACUAAGAAUGUAAAAUUCAAGCAGAAAAAAUUCCAUUGCAUUCCCUUACUCCCCCAAAUGUAUAAACGCUCAUGCCAGCAGCGUGAAAGCAGACCCAAAGAAGCAAAGCCCAAUAACUAA